UGUUAGUGUCGAAAUGACUUAGUUUAGGUCUAGUGGAUGUUAAACCCCCUUUCUCUCUCUCUCUCGCUGUAGAAAAUGGCUGUUCAACUUUCUUGAGAAAGAUUUUGUUUAAGCUACAAGUACAACUACAGGCCCAUCCAUACACUGUUACGACCGAGUCAGUAGUCUAUCAUUAUCUUUUCUGUCAUGUAUUUUUUUACUUGUAGUUUCACAACAGAGAUAUAUAACAAUUGGUACAAAUUGUAUCGUGACCUAGGACAAUUUUAGAAUACGAAACUAAAAUAUAUCCUCCAAGACAAUUUUGGAGUUACUCCCCUUCUUUUCUUCAAAGUUACUACCUUACUGAUUGAAUGAAAGUUGUCAAAUGAAAGUGGUCCGUCGGGAGUAACUUUUAGUUGAGGAUAGUUGAUGAACAACAAAGCAAAACAAAUCCCACAAGCACAGGUCUAUGAAGAAGUAAUUAAAUAUGGAUGCCUCACAACAAUCUCCAAAAAAAAGGAAUAGAAGUAAAAUGUCGGUUGAGAAAAAAAGGGAAAAAAGGAUUCAAUAUCAGAAAAAAUAUAGAGAAAGAUUAAAACAAUCAAUGAUCAACAUUCCGUCUGAAAUAGAUCGGUGGAAUCGAUUUAAACAGGAGACGUGUGCACUGAAUGAUGAGGUGAUGGCCCGAAGGUUACUGGAUAAUUAUGAACGAGGACCCGGUGAUACAAAAAUUAUACAGAAUGGGACAGACGUGACUAGAUUAAAUAAAAUCAUUGAAAUAUCUGAAAAUUUGAUGAAAUCACAAACUAAUUUGGUGAAUAAAAUUACCUCUCAUUGUUCUGAAAUAUCUGAUUACGAAUUUCACUGCAUUAAAAUUUUAGAAUCUUGUACUAAGAUUGUUUCAGAAACGUUGAACAGUAGCUAUACAGUGAUAAAUCUCUGUCAGUUAGUUAUUGCGGAAGCGAACAUGUCGCCAUCGUCAUCAAAAAACAUAAAUAAGAUUUCCGAAAUUGCGAAAAAACAAGUUUGCACUCCCUCGAAUAAUCUAUCAACCGUAAUCGAUACAGCUUCCUUGAUGAAUCUUUACAUUGAUAAUGCUGAAACGGUGUCAACUUCUGCUGGAAUUGUGUCUGAAAAUUGUGUAGAAGGAAAUGAUGUAAAUUUGGAUAUAACUAAAGUAAAAGUAGAAAAAGAUGCUGAAUCCUGUUCUGUUGACAGGGCAACAGGACAUUUUGAAGAUGCGAGUGAGAUGGAAAAUCAAAAUGAAAUAGAAGGGAGACAGAUCAGUUCAGAAGUUGAAGACAAGACUGAAGAUCAUGGUAAUAGAGAUGAGGAAAGUGAAAGUAGCUUUGAAUUGUCUGAUAAUGAUGCCUUUGAAUAUGAUGAUAAUGUAGAUGAUGAUCCUGAUUGGGACGUGGUAAAACAGGUAGAAGAAACAAAAGAUCAUGAUAAUAGAGAUGAGGAAAGUGAAAGUAGCCUUGAGUUGUCUGAUAAUGAUAUAGAAUAUAAUGAUAAUGUAAAUAAUGAUCCAGAUUGGGGCGUGGAUAAACAGUAUAAAAAAAAGAAAGUUGAUAACAAGCCAUUUAAGAAAAAGAAAUCAUUUAAAAUACGCGAAAGAUCAAAUCAAAUGCAAACAAAUGAUUUUGUGUGUAAUAUUUGUGACGAACAUUUUAACGCGAAACAUCAACUGAGAAAACAUGUCUUGGCUCAGACUGAUGAAAAUCAUGUUAAACUUCAUGCGAGGAUGACUUUGGUAAAAAAAAAAAGCCAGUGUGAACUUUGUGGUAAAUUCUUUAAAUAUUUUAGUUGUUUUAAAGUUCAUAUGUUACGCCAUAGGGGAGAAAAGAACUUCGCAUGUGAUCAAUGUGAUUACAAAGGCUAUACGAAAAGACACUUAGCAAAACAUAUGUUUUGUCACAAGACAGUGAAGGAAUAUACAUGUUACCAAUGUGGCAAACAAUUUUUGCGAAAUGAAGAUUUGACGAAACAUCUCAUAUUUCAUACAGGUGUUAAAUCAUAUCAAUGCAACCUGUGCCCGAAAAAGUUUGUAGUUAGUAGUCUUUUGCACCGUCAUAAAAAAACUCAUAAACAGGACAUGCCGCACGUGUGUGAAAUUUGUGGAAAAGGAUCUCGACAAAAAUAUAAUAUAACGGUUCAUAUGAGAACACACACCGGUCAUAAACCGUUCUCUUGUGAAAUUUGUGGUAACAAGUUUGCACAUAAUGUUUCAUUGAGACAACAUAAAAAAUCUUGUCACGGUGAAAUGGUCAACAAAGCUGGUGGAGAUAAUUCAAAUAAUUCAAAUACUGGGUGCUCAUAAAACUCAAAGUUAAAUUUGGCAGGGCUGGGAAUGGUAAUGAAUUGUAAUCAUUACACUUUUUAAGUAAUGGCCAUAUAAUGAGUAAUGGAAGAUUUCAAAAGUAAUGAGUAAUGGAAAUGUAAUUAAUUAAAUUUCAAAAAUCAUGUAAAUGGUCAAUUACAUGUACAUUUCAAUUACUUUUCAAUUACAUUUUAAGGCCCAUAUAAAUAUUUCCAAUAUGACAAGCCUCUAGUCUUAUACAUGUACAUGUAGCACCAAAAAAGUAAAUUAAGUGUAUAUGACACAAAAAUCCAAUUCAUUAUAGAUGUAAUUAUAGCUUUAAAAAAAGAUUUAAAUCAGUUUUAACAAAUUAUAAUAAGAAGGCAUUAAACAUUUUCUUUUAUUACUUUUUUAUGUAGGGCCCUUUUUUUUUUUAGAAAAGUGGAUUUCUGAAAAGAUGUAUGAUUUGUGCUAAUUUGCAGCAAAUCACUCAAUCAUUCUAUCAGUUACAUGUAGAUUAAAAAACAAUAGUCUUAAUAUUGGUUUUAGAGUCAUGUUGAAAUACCAGUCAUACCAUGUAUAUUAUAGACAGACUAUUUGGACUGAUUAAGAAUUCUAUAAAAUUACUUAAAAGAAAAUACAGAGUUACUUAACUAUACUUUCGAUUCAUUUUUCAAGUUAUACAGUGAAAACAUCAGUUUUUAACACUCACCGCCCAUCACUUGAAAAUUUGCACGGAUGUUAUAAUUUAUAGAAAUAACAAUUUAAUUUGCACACACAUACACACACAUAUAAAAUCUUGUCAUGGUGAUAUAGUCAGCAAGGCUGGAUGAGACUAUGUAUGUGAAAUAAUUUGUAAUCAUCUUAACUGCAACAGUUACUAUGACGACAGUUAAUUUUGAAUUUAGUUUGUUCUCACACAAAAAUUCCCACUUAAUCCGAGAAAUUUCUGAACAUGGGUCAAAUUUCUGUUCGUCCAGUCUCUGACUUCCAGGAACACCAGUUCAUGAUCAGAUAUCUCCAGGUUGAGAGUGAGACUACAUGUAUGUGAAAUAAUUUAGAAUAAUCUUCAAAUUUAAAGUUAAAUGUCAUGUACACAUACACAAGGGCGAAUCCAGGAUUUUCAGAAAGAGGGGGGGGGGCGUGCGAAGCCCGGCACUUGGUGGGCGAACUGACGGGCAAUUAACCAACUCACCAACCGGCUUGUUUCGGAGUAAAUUACGAUUUCCAACUUAAACUGACUGUUAAUUCGUUUAGCAACAUGAGCAUAUGAGACAAAGGCGUACGCCGCCAAGUCUGCUUUAGAUCUUCCCAUAUCACAAUUUUUAACGCCUUACAAAGAUUUUAAAUCUGUUAUAAAUAAUUUCAUUUAUGACCGCUGGCAACGGUCUUGGGAUCUUGCAGGCUCCUAUAGAACCAACAGGAGGGAUGAAGUUGUUUUGUGUCGCUCUCGCAUUGGUCAUACUUUUUUAACUCACAUUUUCAUCUUGAAGCGAGAGCCUCAACCGGAAUGUGAACACUGUCAUGUUCCUUUGACAGUGAAGCACAUCUUGAUUGAGUGCAAUCAUCUCAAGAACAUAAGAUCGAAAUAUUACCGUUGCCAGUCUCUACGUCAUCUGUUUGCCCAACCGGGUUUAUAUUGUAACAUACUAGACUUUUUAAAAGAGACAUGUUUUUAUAAUAAAUUUUAAUUGUAUAUUUAUCAUUUCAUUUUUGUAUUUUAAAUAUUAAUAUGCAUAAAAGGUUUAUUUCAU